UUUAUUUAACUGACCUGUCUCAGUUAGGCGAAACACUUACGCUAGGGAACAUUUUGAUCCGCCAAAUAAGGGAAUUACUUAACGAAAAUAUUGAACACACAUCAGUGAAACUAGUUAACCGGGUAAAAUUCAGUCAGUCUUGCUAAAAUUUGUUAAGGAUAGCAACGAUGGCCAACUGUGAUAUGCAAGCAACUCCCUCCCAGGAGGAGUUGAAGAAGACUGAGAAUAAUAAAAAUGUGAAAAAUUCUGAAGAAAGUCGGCCUAUAAAUUUAAAAUCUGACGUCGACAUCGAUUUUGAACCAACUACAUCAUCGGAGACUGAGCUGCGGCCUUCGCGCAGUUCGGUAACGAAGAUGACCAAGAUUCCGGCCCCCAUUUAUUUCGGCCCCAGUGGGAGCAGCCGCCUGUACAGCACGGUAAUUCACCAGCACAAAGAUCACACCUCUUCGGAAAAUCUUCAUGUGGCUGACGAUUCUGGCAUACAUUUGGAUAGUUCGAUGACAGAGCUGGAGACGCCAGUUCUAGCCAGACCCAGCCAAACUAUUCUCGAUAGGAUUUCGGUUACCGAUAGCGAAAUGGAACUUCGACGGGCUGAGGAGCAGACCCUUAAGGAACUGCAACGUGUGGUUGCCGAAAUGGAGGCUGAGGUGGCCUUAGAUGGCCUAGAUAGCCCGGAGCUACAAUCUGAGGUUAAUGAAUGUGAGGACCACUCAGAAGGGCAAGACCAAAAUGAAGCCAUAGAGAUUGGCCUCGAAUAUUCUGUUUUGGACACAGAAACCUUUUCUGCAAACGAAACUCAGCAGAUUGAAGUGUUCGAUGAUCCUGAGCAAGGACCAACCAAUGAAGAACUGACAGUGGACAGUUUACAUAUUCAAGAUUCUGUGAAUAAAAAUGAAUCUCCAGAGGUACAUGAAUCCUCUGAGGUAGAGGAAUAUGUAGAGGUAGAGGAAUCAGUUGGAUCUGAACUUUUUGAGCAAUUGGCCGAAGAGUCAGCCGAAGAGAACACCAAAAUCGAUCUCCCAGGGUCUUCAGAAGAGUUCGUACCCAUGCAGGAACUGCAGGAAACUGUACCCGAAUCUGUAAUAGCUUUAGAGGAGUCGAUGUCCAUUGUUAUCCAGAAAUCUGUACCCGAAUCAUCAAUAGACGAACUCGAAAUGGCUAAAAGUGGGGGUUGCGAAACUAAAGAUGAUAGUUUUCUCAUGGAGAGAAAGCCAGAAAUAUUGGUCCAGAAGUUUCAAGCCCGGCGGAUGAAAGCCUAUCCAUCAUUUUGGAGACGGGAGUGGCCGCCGAAACCCUCGCUGGAUGGAUCAUUGGAGAGCGAACGCCUCAUGGUUCCGUUGGAAGAACUAUUCGAUCCGGAGCAUAAUGUACAGCUGCUGCGUCAGCUUAUGCAGGCCGCAGCGGUAGAAAACGUCAUUGUUUCGGAGCAGAUCCUGAUCGAAAGCGAGUGUGCAAAUGAAAAUGAGAUGAAGGAGGAAACGGAAACUGAUGAAGAACCUGGAGAUGACCAGGAAAAUGGUCUGGCCAAAAAGCAGACUGGCAAGCCAAUAAAUUUCUUGCAGCGUUUCAUCAGUCGCAAAAUCCUGAAGCUCAGCUAUCCAAUACUAUUCUGCACCUUGGCUUUCGGUUUGAUCUACCUGUCGCGCAAGGAAUAAACCACGAAUUCAAAAAUGGAAAUUAGAAUAUAUGUAAACGAGCAGAUUUGACCCCGGUAGAUAUGUACACAUAGUACAAAACCCUUCAAAAUCACCUGACACAUAGGCACCGAGUUGCCAAAAAACAAUCUAUUUUACAAAUAAAAAUGCCUUCGAAG